AAACAGGAUCCUGCACUCCAGGUUUUCAAAUGGCCGAUCCUUUUCUAUAUAAUACUGGAGAAAGGUCUCACUAUGGGUGCCUUGGACAUGAAGUACAAAUCGAGUACCUUAAGGCAUAUGUUUGUAGACCAUCUUUUUCCACGGACAAAGCUGUGAUUGUGGUUCAUGAUGUAUUUGGAUGGAGGUUCCCAGAUAUUAGAUACAUAGUCGAUUUGAUAGCAAGUCAUGGUUACAUAACCAUCUGCCCAGACUUCUUCAAGGGGACAGAACCCUGGAAAUCCACUGAUCACUGGCCUGACUUUCCUGACUGGAUGAAAAAUCAUGAUCCUUUGAAAGUAGACAAGGAAGCUGAUGUUGUGUUGAAGUAUCUAAAGGAACAAUGCGGUGCAAAGAAGAUUGGUAUCGUUGGGUUUUCCUGGGGUGGAAUGGCAGUACAUCACUUGAUGCUGAAAAAUCCUCAAUUAACCGCUGGGGUGUCCCUCUAUGGAAUAGUUAGAGACUCUGAAGAAAGAUACAGUUUACUAAAUCCAACAUUUUUCAUUUUUGGUGAGAAAGACCACACUAUUUCUUUGGAUCAGAUCUUCUUAUUGGAGGACAAGCUAAAGCAGUAUUGUAAAGUUCCAUAUAAAAUUAAAGUUUAUCCUGGGCAAGUUCAUGGGUUUGCACAACUGAAGCCAGAAGAUAUGAAACCUGAGGAUAAACCUUAUAUUGAAGAAGCUAGAAGGGAUAUGAUUGAUUGGAUAAAAAUGUUUGUUUGA